AUGGAUUAAAAUAUAAAGGAAUAAAAUGAACAGUUCGAUAAGUUCACCUAAUUUAAUUAAGAAGAUAAAUGUGAAAAUAUAGAUGAAUAAAUAAAAUAAUUGGAAGAAUUUUAGGGAAAAUUAAAGGAACUCAAAGGUAAAGAAAUAGAAUAUCUCUACCAAUUCGAGUUAAUAAUUAAAAAUGUUGGAUAAGAAAACAAAAGUUAAUAAGAAAAAGAAAUUCUUUUUUUGAAUAAUCAAUUAUAAACUAGGCAUAAAGAAUAUGCAAAGGCUCUGUAAUAAAUCAAAUUUUCAAGUCAAAGUGUUGAAUUAUUUUAGUAAAUGAAUCAAUAAACGGAAAGUCUCCAAAAAGAAUUGUAAUAUGAAAUACUCAUUUUGGAUAAACUGUUAGAGAAUUAUAAAGGAAAUAUCCUGUUAUCUGCAAAAACAUAAAGAGAUAUGUAAACAAAAAAUUAGAAAUAAUCAGAAAAAAUUUAAGAUUUAUUAAAGAAAUUCUAGAAAAAUUGCUUAAAAAAUGGAUAGAAAUUAGAGAAUAUAAUUACAAAUGUAUCCCAAAAAAAAGAAUUUUACUUUUACCCUAUGGAUGAUAAAUUAAUUAAGAAUUGUGAAUACUUAAAAAUUUAAGAAGAGGAGUUAUCAAUAGUAUUAACUUCAAUAAACUAAAAGAUAUUUACUUAAUAAUUAACCCCUUAAUUAUUAAAUGAAUUAAAAGAACAUAUUCUAAAAGUCUUUGCAGAUAUUGAUGAGUUAAUGAAGAAAAUUCCAGAAAAUAAUGAAAUAGAAGAGUUCAACAAUCAUUAUAUUAAAAAUUUAGAAUCCUAUGAGAAAGUGUAUGCUUUAAUUAAUUAUAUAAAAUAAUAUCACUCAACAAGAUAUUAGGAAAGAAUCAAAGAACAUGCAAAUUAAUAAAAAUUAAAACAAUAAAAUAAUAAAGAAAGCGACUAUUAAAAGUAAUUCUAUUCUAAAUUAAACGUGGACUAAGAAGAAAACACAAAAAAAGAGAAAGAAGCAUAAGAUAUAUUAUUAAGAUAUGAAAAUGUGUUAUUUAAAAAUUACAAUAUGAUGACUAUUGAAGCAAUGCAGAAGGAUAAAAUUUAAAUUGAAAAAACAACUGUUGAACUAGAAAAUUAUAUUAAAUAAAAAGACUUAGUGAAAUUUAGAUCUAAAUUGAAAGAUUAAAGCAAAAUAAAAGACAUCAUAUAAAAGUAUCAAAUAUUUGAGUUAAUUUAACAAAAAUUAUUUGAAGAAAUAUUGCAGAAAUAAAUUAAUCAAUCAGGAUAAUCAUUAUGAAGAUUAAUUGAAUUUGAUAAAUCAUACAAUUUUAUAUAAUUAUUAUUAUUAUUAUGAAGAUCAUCAUUAAAAA